AUGCUCGCAAUAAAAAAGUCUGAAAAGAGCACGCCGAGCUGUGCAGUCAAUGUACUGCCCUGCCGCAUCCAACACAACGGACCCGUCAACGCAAGCACAAGACACUGGACACCAGAAGUCAGUCCGGAUAGCAACGAAACCAGCACAUCAACAGCAUACUUCCGCGGCAGAAAGUUGAAUGGCAAAGUCGUAAACUUGCCCGAUGGAUACAGAGCCCUCGUGCCAGAACAAGAACAAGAAGAACAAGACCCAACACCAGAAACAAAAGUCCUUCAGGAACUUGCAACGUUCGACAAGAUUAUUGUCUAUGGCCAUGAAGUUCAACCGGAUGCUCAAGAAGACGUAUAUGUCAAGGGUAUUGAUGAGUGGAUUGGUUUGGCUGGUGCG